AUGAGAUAUUCCCAUCUUCUUCUCAGCGUCUUGGUACUAGUCGAAGCUGAAGUGAUUCGUGGACUCUUCGCUCGAAGAACUUCUCUGCGCACAUUUGCUGGCCCUUCCCACUUCUCCUUCCCUCCGAACUGUCCAAAGACCUCUAAGCCGAAGGAUGUGCCCUACUGUGCUACUGGAGAACUCGACCUCGGGCUGAAAUGGGUUGUCGAUUUCGAUACUUACAUAUUUGACGUGUUCGACCCUACCAAGACUGUUCUCUUCGGGCUCAACGCCACCAUUAAUAAAGGUAUCCCGGAGUUCCUCGAGGUUCGAACUGGUGGGUGUGCAGCUCCUGUCUUGGUUGACUUGUCUCCGAAAUUCCUACCGCAUCUCCUUGAGGCGGCCGUUAAAUUCUGCACAUGGGGAGGAGGCCCAGGGAAGUACAAUCCUAGGACCGAGAGCUACUCAGCUGAGUUCAAUAUCUCUGCUCAACUUUCAUUGUUUUCCGGUGGAAGGAAAAUCUCUCAGGGUAUACAAGUCAACGGCACUGCUAAGGCGUGGAUUAAACCUCAUUUCGACAUCGGACUCGAUGCUCACGUGAUCGAUACCGUCGGAGAUCCCAAUAUUCUCCAAUCAUCCCUCAUUUUCCUCAACUCGAUCGCUACUGUGAAUGGUUCCAUCUUCACGUGGCGUAUCAUCAAUGGGAUAAGCUUGGACAUGUACUCGACCGGAACUGGCCAUCAUUAUUUCAAUAGAACUUUCAUAAACAAGAUCAUCCAAGUGUCGCCACCACAGGUUCGGUUCUAG